AGAAUAACAGACUUUUUAUGAGAAAAUGGUAUUUAGUUUAGGUAGUUUAAAAAAAAAAAGAAUAAAUUGAAAUAAAGGUAUAGUACAUGUUCAGUAUUCAAAUAUUCUCCACUUUUUAAUAUGAACAGUAUUAAAGGGGGCAACUAAUCACAACAUACCUUCAAGUUUUAAAUAUUUGGACAAUGUUAUGUUUUGCCCUGCAUCAUUGUCAGGCUGUGUACAAAGAUUACUGCCCUCCAUAUAUUAUGCUGUAUUACCUAAUCUGCUUUGUCCUUGUGAGUGGUUGGAGUGUCAUCACUCACUAUACUUGUCAGAAUUAAAUUUAGGUUUACCAUUGAGCUAUAAAGUGCUUAUCUGUUUUCUCAGACCCCCUCCUACGCCACUCCACCAACAAGACAUUAAGCCACCCAAGAUUCCCAUUAGGGAGAGACCUCUGCCUCCAUCACCACCACCACGACAAGAAACUAAACCGACCAAAGUUGCUGUAAGGGAGAGAGUUGACAGAUUUGGUCGCAUACGAAAAGACAGCAACCACAGUAUAUCCAGGUCCAGAUCCAGGUCCAGAUCUAGAUCUAGAUCUGGCUCACGACCAAGAGGAAGGUAAGAUGGUGCUAUUUUAUCA